AUGAACGCCGCCGCCUCGAAGCUUCGCCAGGCCCUCCAGGACCCAAACACUUUCAUCACCGCCCCCGGUGUCUACGAUGGACUCUCGGCCCGAAUAGCCCUCAACGUCGGGUUCGACGCUCUCUACAUGACCGGCGCCGGUACCGCCGCCUCCGUCCACGGCCAGGCAGACCUGGGGAUCUGCACGCUCAACGACAUGCGAGCUAAUGCCGAGAUGAUUGCAAACCUCUCCCCAUCAACCCCCUUAAUCUCAGAUGCCGACACCGGCUAUGGCGGACCGAUCAUGGUCGCUCGCACUACCGAACAAUACGCCCGUGCCGGUGUAGCAGCCUUCCACCUUGAAGACCAAGUGCAGACCAAGCGCUGCGGACACCUUGGCGGAAAGAUCCUCGUCGACACCGACACAUACGUCACCCGAAUCCGUGCUGCCGUGCAAGCCCGCAAGCGCAUUGGCAGCGAUAUCGUCAUCAUUGCCCGAACCGACGCACUCCAGGUCAACGGCUACGAAGACAGUCUCGCCCGUCUCCGAGCAGCCCGUGAGGCUGGUGCGGAUGCGGGUUUCCUCGAGGGUAUCACCUCAAUUGAGAUGGCCCGGCAGGUGGUAGCCGAUCUCAAGGGUUGGCCGUUGCUGCUGAACAUGGUUGAGCACGGAGCUACCCCAUCCAUCACUGCCGCCCAGGCCCGCGAGCUUGGGUUCCGUAUUAUCAUCUUCCCAUUCGCGGCGCUCGGUCCCGCCUGCGUGGCUAUUCGCGAGGGAAUGGAGAAGCUGAAGCGUGACGGUAUCCCGGGUUUGGACAAGGAGUUGACGCCGCAGAUGCUGUUCCGCGUGUGCGCGUUGGACGAGAGCAUGAAGGUGGAUGCUGCUGCGGGCGGCGCAGCUUUCAACAGCGGGGUUGAUCUCAAGUAG